AUGUCUGAUAGAAUCAGCUCCUUUUUCAGAAGAGCGUUCACUGAGUCCAACCAGCAAUAUUCGCCGGUAGACAACCAAAGCUCUCUGAACUUACCGGGGGCGUUUCCAGGAGAUGAAGCAGAACUGGUUGUGCCAAAUCAAAGAGCACAAUUCAACUCAGAAAGCCUUAAUGAGACUGCUAGGAAUAUAAAAAAAUGGAUAAACAUCAUAUUCAUAAGGCCAUUGAUAAUAGUCUUGGUGAUUUGUUUCAGGUUAUUGGCCAAACUAUUAUCUAUCGUGUACUUCAAAGAUCAAGUGGCGACUGCUUCAGAUGACUACCUGGUUCACAAUGACUCAAUCAAUAAAGUCAACAAAUUUAUAAGAGACUUGGAAGACAGUUUGACUCCCGAACAAUUGUCCAGAGGAACAUCCUCCAUGCCACCAUUUUAUGAAGGUAGCUACACCCAAGCAUUGUAUAUUGCCACCAACCGUGCCAAGUUCUUAUUUGUGUACUUGACCAAUCCCCAUAACGAGAGCUCAUCUUCUCUAUUCAAAAAGAUCAUUACCAACCCUAAGUUUAUUGAUAUUUUUAACAAGAACAAAGAUGUACUAAUUUGGGGAGGAGACUUGACUAAUCCUGAAGCAUAUCAGCUUGCGAACAGUUUGAACGUGACGAAAUUCCCAUUUUUAGGGUUGUUAUGUUUGACCAGAUCUGUGACCAUGUCUCAGCAGGGACCCAUCAAAACAAGUCCAAAGAUUUCGUUAGUACUGAAAAUUCAAGGAGGUAUCAAGGAUGACGUGGAUGAGAACGCCUUAAUGCGUAGCAAAUUCCAGAAGAAGAUUGUGAAAUAUGAGGGGGAGCUAGGGCUUAUCCGGAAUGAAUUAAGAGAUAGAUACAUGGGUCAGUUGUUGCAAAAGCAACAAGAGCUAAACUACGAGAAUUCGUUGGCAAUCGAUAGGGCGAAAAAGCUCAAGAAAGCCUAUGAACAAACAAAGAAAAAAUAUUUGGAGUACAAGUCCACUUACAUUAAUGAAUUAAUGAAGAAUCCACAGUCUGGAGAUCAAUCCAAGAUCGCCAUUAAAAUGAAAAGUGGAGCACGGCCUACAUUUAAUUUCCCAGCAGGUAAUCCUGUAUCUGAUAUCUUUUUAUACGUCGAACUAUACAAUCAGGGGUUAUUGAACACGGAAACUUCCGGAUCCAUCACCGAGACAGAAGCCCAACAGUUAUUUGCGAAUUUUGAAAUGAAGUAUGAGUUCAAAUUAGUGUCACCUUUACCUCCCAGAACCAAUUUGAAUGAAAUGAUGGAACGUUCCAUUAGGGAAAUUGAUGUGAUCUACCCAAAUGGGCUAUUAAUAGUAGAGGAUAUGUGA